AUGUCUUGUCGUCAUAAUCAGAAUAUUUUCGAGUAUCUUCUGGAGUGGGAUAAGGCUAAUAACCUUUUUAAGAAGGCUACCAAUCAAACUCAGAUAUUUCUUGCUCGGCAACCUCCUCCUUAUGGCUUAUUUGAGCUUAAUAUUGAUGGUUCUAGAGUGAGUGACUCUAGGUGCAUUGAUGCAGGAGGUAUAAUUAGGAAUUCUGAUGGUAUCUUGAUAGCAGGAUUUUCUGCUAAUCUUGGUCAUGGUGAGAUAAUUGUGAAUUCUGAUUAUGCUCUUGUUGUUGAUAUGAUUAAUGGAGAAUGGGUGGACUCUCAUUCUAUGUCUGUGUCGCUUACCAAGUGCAGAGAGUUUUUGGAAAGCCAGUGA